AUGAUGAUGAUGAUAAUGGGGGACAUACCUAGUACACUUCCGGAACAGAAAUCAACAAUAAGAUCUUUGGCUUCUAAUUCCAAGUCAAAUAUAUAUCAGCUUCAUUAUGCUAUUACUUCCCAGUUUAUACCUUCAUAUCUGGGUUUUGCAGUGACCAGCAUUCAAAGCGCUGUACUCUUUAAUAGUGUUUCCACCGAGUUGAGUAUGCCCAGUGUGCCGACUAGUAUCAUCGUACUCAAAUCUUUUUACUCGUGCUCAAACAAGAGUCUCGUAAAGUUAGUGAGAAUUGAUUUAUUUGGUUUUUCGAGUCAGAUAUUUUCUCUAGUUGCUAUGUUAGCUUAUCAAUGCUUGCUAAUGAUCCAAAGUGCUGUUAUAAAGAUAUUCGUGUGGAUAAAAAGCUCGGUUGGGAUAUGA